AAAGUGUCGCCGUUGCUUCGUUACGCGUCUGCAAAACAGGAAGUUGCUGAUUAAAAUAAGAGUGGAAGCGUCUCGCAAAACUAGGGAAAAAAGAAAGCGAUUGUUUGUAUACAUUAAACGAAUAAUUGUUAAUCUGAUGAAGGAACUGUACAAGUCAUACAGUAAGACCGUCCGUAAGGCUUAAGGACGCCUUUUUAAUAAUAAUGGCUCGAGUGUCAUUCAGCUGCGUCCACCGAAAGGAUGGCUGCCAGCGUUUAGUGCUUGUUUGGUGAAUUUCACUGGACGCUUCUUUGGGUUGGAGUCGGAGAGAUCAUCGCAGAGCUUAAACGAAGAGCCUACUCGUCCUGCUGAGGACUUCGCAUGAAUCGAGCGAAGAAAGCGCCGGCCCCCCGGCCGAAGGGGCAGGGAGCGGCGGCCGCGCGGCAGAUGGGCCUUUUACUGGAUUUAUCCCCAGAAGGGAUGGACAACAAUGAGGACAAUGCUGACCUGGAAGCUGAGCUCCUUGCCAUUACAGGAGAUAAGCCAUCUUCAAAACAGAAGGGCUCCGGUAAAACUCCCUUGCCAAUGGAACAUAUUGAAAGAAUGGCAGCACUGUGCAUGAAGGAUCUGGAUGAUGAAGAGGAGGAUGAUGAUGAAGACCUGGAGAAUGAUGAAGACCUUAUGGCUGAGCUAAAUGACGUCUUGGAUGAUGUUGAUGAUAAAGCGCCAUCCCCUCCAAAGCCAUCUCCAGCUUGUGAAAGAAGACCACAGGUGCAGUCAGCUCCUUCUGGCAUGGAGGAAAGUCAGGAGUCUAUGCUGGAAGAAAGGCUUUCCAUGUACCAAUCAGCCAUCAAAAAUGCCAAAACUGCUGGAGAAGGGAGUAAAGCUCGCCGCUAUGAACGUGGCCUCAAGACAUUGGAGUCAAUGUUGGUCUCAGUCAAAAAGGGAAAGAAGAUCAAUAUAGAAGAAAUCCCACCACCGGUUGCCACUGGCAGCAAGCCGGCUCCCACCGAGGCUCUCCCGCCUAAACUUGAACCAGUGGAAAGUCAGUUUAAGAAAGAAGAAGAAAAUGCCACCUCUCUGCAAACUCAGGCCACCAGACCCAAUCUUCCAAUUCCAUCCAUUGAAACUUCUCCUCCAUUGCCUUCUCCUGACUAUCCGGCUCCUCAAAAGUUUGCACCACCACCCGUACCAAAAAAGCCUACCUUGAUGCCUCCUACACAACCAGCGCUUCUUCCGAAACUUUCCCCGAGUACCCCAUUGCAGCAGUCAUUGGCUUCAACACCUGAAACACCAAUCAUUUCUCCACUCACACCAACAAAACCCCCCAGUGUGGCACCGACAGGUGUGAAAGGACUUUUACUGAGUCGGCAGAGGGAGUAUAAACUGGCAGCCCUACAGGCCAAACAAAGUGGGGACAAUGAACUAGCGAAGAAAUAUUACAUUAUUGCUAAGAAAUUUGACCCAGUGCUUGAAUCUCUGGAUAAAGGAGAACCGGUAGACAUCAAUAAUAUAGCACCUCCUCCUGGUGAGCUGGUGAUGACCAGGUCUGUGCCAGUCACUCGGCCUACACCUCCAGCGUCUUCUCCCACACCACAAGCUACAGAAACAGCACUUCCUCCUGCCCCUCGCAAUGUGACUGAGGCCUUGCAGCAACGAAUGGAAAGGUACCAAAGUGCAGCUGCUCAAGCUAAAGCCAAAGGAGACGACCGCAAGGCUCGAAUGCAUGAGCGUAUCGUCAAGCAAUAUCAAGAUGCCAUUCGGGCUCACAAAGCAGGAAGAUCAAUCAAUCUGUCAGAACUCCCAGUGCCACCAGGAUUCCCGCCCAUCCAAGGCACAGAUGGUUCAGGAGGAGAUCAGAGCAUAAUGGGGGUGUUGGAGACGGCCAUGAAACUGGCUAAUCAACCUGAAGAUGGGGAGGAGGAUGAAGAUGGUAUUCAAGAGAGAGGGAAGCCUGCUGGUCAUCCCGUUACAGCAAAGUCACCUGGGUCAGCUCAGCCAGUCCAGUCCAAAGGAGGAGUACCUGCUAUUGGGCAAGGAAAUGCUAAACCUACUCUAAAGCUCGGCACAAAAGCCCAGCAACAGCUAGAGUUCCUUGAGGGUCGUAAAAAGCAGUUGAUGCAGGCAGCACUGCGAUCUAAACAGAAGAAUGACCUGGAAGGUGCAAAGCAGCACUUGCGAAACGCCAAGGGACUCGACCCAAUGAUUGAAGCUGCAAAAGGGGGGCUUCCUGUAGAUAUCACUAAGGUCCCACCUGCUCCAAUAAAUGAAGAGGACUUUAGGCUUGUACAGCAACGUGGUGUGAAGAUUCCUCAGAAGACGGCAGAGCAGUACACUCAGUUGAUGGAGCUCCUCAAGGAGCAGUAUGAUAUGUGUAUUAAGUACUCCAAGCAGUUCACUCACUUAGGCAAUGUAGCCGAGACCACCAGGUUUGAAAAGAUGGCCGAGGACUGCAAGAAGCACAUUGAUAUUCUGAAGGUUUCUCAUGGGAAGGGAUAUGCUUUGCCCAAAUUCCAUUAUGAAGAACGCACAUUUAAUAUAACAAAGAUCUUCCCCAGUCUGUCGAGCAGUGAUAUGAUCCUGACAGUGGUGAAAGGAAUCAAUUUACCGGCACCUCAAGGGGUCUCACCAAAUGAUUUGGAUGCCUUUGUUCGUUUUGAGUUCCCCUUCCCUUCAUCGGAGGAAGCUCAGCGUGAUAAGACGAACACUAUAAGGAAUACAAACAACCCAGAGUUCAAGGAGCAAUUCAAGCUGAAUAUAAUCCGUGGGCACAGAGCCUUGAAGAGAGUGGUGCAGUCAAAGGGAAUCAAGUUUGAAGUUGUUCACAAGGGGGGCCUUUUCAAGAAUGACCGUGUUGUGGGCACUGGCCAGCUUAAACUGGAUGGACUGGAAUCCAAAUGUGAGAUAAGGGAAAUUGUUGAGUUAUUAGAAGGAAGGAAGCCAACGGGAGGAAAACUGGACGUUGUGGUGUGCAUUCGGGAGCCUCUUGGGGGCCAGCAGUUAGAGAGCGUCACCGAAAAGUGGUUGGUUAUCGAUCCCUUGACACUUCCGCCUGUGGCUGUCCCAAAAUCCAAGCCCAAGAACGAUGUUAGUAACAGCCCCCCUUCUUUCAAACUUCACAGCCUGAGUCUCCUUAGCUUUGACAAGGAAAGAACUGAAAGAAAGAUUUUAGAAUACAAGUGUGAACACCGAGAACCUCCUCGGGACCUCCUUAUGAAGCACAGGGACCUCUGUCAGCAUAUCCAGUGGCAAAUGAAUCUCCUUGAAAAGCCCAGUCCGGACGUCUGCAAAGGCUAUCAGAUUAUUCUGGAGAAGUUUAUUGAUGGAUUUGAAAACUCUGUCGGUCGCUUUUCAAAAGAAGGAAACCGAGAUGCGGCUAAAGAUGCCCUUGCCAGGUGUCAAAUGGUGAAGAAAGAGUUGGAGAAUUUCAAAAGAAAAAGGCCUAGCUAAGGCACUGAGGACAUUUAAAGGUCCAUCCUGGUGAAGCUUGACAUGUGACUGCUGAAUGCUGGGUGACAGAAUGUUUAUGAAAAUGGCUGGGCACACGUGAAGAUUUGUAGACCCCACAGAAGGUACAACUGACUGUGAAACCAGAAAUGAAGCCGCUGCUCCUACUUCAGAACCUGACACCAAUGAAUGCAUUUGUUUCUAGAAGGUGCCCUGGAAUUCUGGGUGAUGUAGUUUUUUUUCCUGCCAGAGGUGCCCUGGAAUCCCUGGUAAUGUAGUCUAUUACCAGAGCUAACAGGUACCCGGAAUUCUGGGCAAUGUAGUUUUUUGGGGGUUUUUUUUCCUGCCAGAGAUGCCCUGGAAUUCUGGGUAACAUAGUUUUUUUUCCUGCCAGAGGUGCCCUGGAAUUCUGUAGUCUAUUAUCAGAGCUAACUGCUGUUCUGGAAUUCUGGGUAGUGUAGUUUUCCACUGCCAGAGGUGCCCUGGAAUUCUGGGUGAUGUAAUCCAUUACCAGAGCUAACAAGUGCCCUGGAAUUCUGGGUGAUGUAAUCCAUUACCAGAGCUAACAAGUGCCCUGGAAUUCUGGGUAAUGUAGUUUUUUUUUUCCUGCCAGAGGUGCCCUGGAAUUCUGGGCAAUGUAAUCUAUUACCAGAGCUAACUGGUGUUCUGGAAUUCUGGGUAGUGUAGUUUUCCACUGCCAGAGGUGCCCUGGCAUUCUGGGUGAUGCAGUCUGCUACCAGCGGUUUCUGUUUUGUGGUUCUCCUCUGGUCAGGCCGUGUCUCUCUCACUAAGGCUCUUUACCUUACAGUUAACUUCGUCACUUUGUCCCCAAAUGAUUAGCGAACAUCAGUUGAGAAUUGCGCGAGAGGUGACAUGAAUGUGCAUCACUUUGUCACCUCUUCACCACAUCUUUGACUUUUAUGUUCAGAUUUUUUUUGUUUUUUGUUUAAGCCAGCAGAACUCGUGCAGCUGAUUUGCGAUUCCGACGUUUUGGUUUUUUUUUGGGAUUGAUGAGUGCGUAUUCUGGUCUUCUUGCCAAGGCAAUCAGUGAUUAUAAACUUUUAAUGGUUAUUUGCUCACUUAAAAACUUUUAAUGUAUAAAGAAAAUCUAUUGCAAUACAGGAUGAGAACUUUUAUUGUUAAUAAUGUAUUCAUUUUUUGUUAAUGAUGCAUAUAAUAAGACAUUCUUUAAAGAUAUAAAGUUUACUGCAUUCGACCCUCCCAAUUGAGUAAAUGAUUUGCUUGCACUCCUUAUAAGUGAGAGGAGCCCCCCAAUCGCUUUGUAUUUCUCUGUGUGUGUAUCCCCCCUAAACGCACACUGUGUACUCUCUAAUGGCGGCCUGCCGUCCCGGUUUGCUCGUCUCUUCUCUUCUGGUCUCGUUUUACUUUAACAGGUGGACUUCUGCUUUUUUUUUGAGUUCUCCCAAGUGCCUGAGUUGAAUUUUACGGGUGUUAACACGUUUGGGGUCCGACGAAAGCCCCUGAGGUGGGUCUGUGGGUUUUCCAGCUGCUGCUGUGCUUCAGGUCACACGAUCCUCACGUUUGUCAUUUCAAUAAACUCUUCCAUGUAAUGAA